AUGGCUAAUGACCCGAACCCACAGGUUCAAAAGAGACUUGACCAGAUCGAGCAGCUCCAUGUGGAGGUGGACACGGUGAAGGCUCAGGCCGAAAAAUAUAAGAAAAAUAUAGAUCGUCUGGCCUCGAAAAAAGAGACCGCCCAAGAACAACUGGCUUCGACUGAGAUCCAGCUCCGGGCCUCAAAAGAAAAGGCCUUAGUACAGGCCAAGAAGAUCGAGGAGCUCCAAUCUCAACUGAGUUCGACGGUCUCCGAUCAAGAAAAUCCAGCCAAGGAACUCGAGGUGGCUAAGUCGGAGGUUACUGCAGUUAAGGCCGAGGCUGAUGAGCGGGUGGACCGGCAUAAGGUCAAUGCUGAGGCGACUCAGGUCCAAGCGAGAAACUUGGUGGAGCACAUGAAGUGGAAAUCCCGAAGGGAGGCCCUCGAAGGAAUUCGAGCUCAGGGCUUCGACCUGCUGGUUGAGAUCGAGAAUGCCAAGAUAUCUGAGGCCAAGGCCAGGAAGCUGGCUUAUCUCGAGGAGGAGGAUUCCGAGGGAUCUGAAGAAUCGGAUGAGCCCGAAGGUGGUGAAGGCCCCAAAGGCAACGACGCGACUCCCCGUGAAGAUUAG